AUGAAUUAUCCGACCGGCUGGAAGUUUGCAGCCAUUAUUAUUGCAGUCUACCUGGCUGGUUUUCUCGUGGCUCUGGAUCGGACAAUUAUCGCGACGGCUAUCCCGCGCAUCACUGAUCACUUUCACAACUUGGACGAUGUGGGCUGGUACGGAAGUGCCUACCUGCUCACCUUCUGUUCCUUUCAGCUCCUCUAUGGCCGCAUCUACACGUUUUACCCCCCGAAGCUGGUUUUCAUCGUCGCCAUUGUCAUCUUUGAAGUUGGUUCAGCCGUUUGUGGCGCUGCGCCCAAUUCGACUGCUGUGAUUGUGGGGCGUGCGCUGGCCGGUCUAGGUGCAUCCGGGGUUUUUGGGGGCAACAUCAUCAUCAUGUUCCACACCGUUCCCUUGCAGAAGCGACCCAUCUAUACGGGCCUCGUGGGUGCCGUUUUUGGAAUUGCCUCGGUGGUAGGCCCUCUCCUGGGGGGUGCGCUCACGGACAAUGUCUCAUGGCGAUGGUGCUUCUAUAUCAAUUUGCCAAUUGGAGGGGCAGCGAUUGUGGUCAUCAUCCUGAUCCUGCAUCUGCCGCCGCCAAAGAACCAAGGAGCGUCGUUCCGAGAGCAAAUCAACAAGAUGGAUCCCGUUGGCACCCUUUUCUUCUUGCCCGCCAUCAUCUGUCUUUUGCUGGCAUUGCAAUGGGGCGGUUCGACCUAUGCGUGGAGCAAUGGACGAAUCAUUGCGUUAUUGGUCGUGUUUGGAGUUCUCAUCCUUGCCUUUGUUGCAGUCCAGGUCUGGAAAAAGGAUACGGCCACCGUGCCACCGCGCAUCAUUAUGCAACGCAGCAUUGCAGCUGGAUUCUUCUUCUCGUUUUGCACGGGCGCAGCUCAGAUGGUGCUCAUCUACUUUUUGCCCAUCUGGUUCCAGGCCAUUAAGAAUGUCAGCGCCGUCAAGUCGGGCAUCAUGAAUCUUCCCCUUGUCAUUGGCAUGACGAUCGCCUCCCUGUCGAGCGGUUUCAUCAUCACACGCAUUGGAUACUAUACGCCUUUUAUGAUUGCGAGCACCGUCCUCAUGUCCAUUGGCGCAGCGCUCAUCACUACGUUUCAAGUCGAUACUCGACAUCCCAAGUGGAUUGGCUAUCAGGCGCUCUGGGGCAUUGGCUGUGGAAUGGGCAUGCAACAACCCGGGCUUGCUGCCCAGACUGUGCUUUCGCGCAUGGACUUUCCCACUGGCGCAUCCCUCAUGUUCUUUGCCCAGAGCCUUGGCGGCUCAGUCUUCAUCUCUGUUGGCGAGAACCUUUUUGCCAGUCGACUUGUCAAAGGGGUGGUCAAGGACGUACCUGGAUUGGACCCAGGCACGGUUGUAAACACGGGAGCAACAGAUUUGCAAGCCACUGUGCCAAGCCAGGACCUUGACAGCCUGCUGCAUGUGUACAAUCACGCGCUGACUGAUGCCUUCAAGGUUGCCCUGGUCGCCACCUGUGUCUCCGUGAUUGGGUCAUUGGCAAUGGAAUGGAAAAAUGUCAAAAAGGUUGCCAAGAUGCAAGCUCAAGGGCAGGGACAGGGCCCUCUUGGUCAGGGCCCACCGGGCCAAAAGCCGAAUUAG